AUCGUCGGGGUAGGUUUCCAGGGAAGGCAGUGAACAGAUCCCUUAGUCCGCGGGCGGCGCGAGGUGGCUGGCUCCUGGCGGCGGCGAAGCGGGGAAAGACGGCGCGGGGGCCGGGUGGCAGCGAUCAGCGAGGCCGAGGGAAGGGGCGGGGGAGAGGAGCAGGGAAAGGCGGCGGGGGGAAUCUCGCGAGGGUUGGAGUUUUGGCGAGAGUUUGUGGAAGAUGGCGCCUGUUGUGACAGGGAAGUUUGGUGAGCGGCCUCCACCUAAACGACUCACUAGGGAAGCUAUGCGAAAUUAUUUAAAAGAACGAGGCGAUCAAACAGUACUCAUCCUUCAUGCAAAAGUUGCACAGAAGUCAUACGGAAAUGAAAAACGAUUUUUUUGCCCUCCUCCUUGUGUGUAUCUUAUGGGCAGUGGUUGGAAGAAAAAAAAAGAACAAAUGGAACGAGAUGGUUGUUCUGAACAAGAGUCUCAACCCUGUGCAUUUAUUGGAAUAGGAAAUAGUGACCAAGAAAUGCAGCAGCUGAACUUGGAAGGGAAGAACUACUGCACAGCCAAAACAUUGUACAUAUCUGAUUCAGACAAGAGGAAACAUUUCAUGUUGUCUGUAAAGAUGUUCUAUGGCAACAGUGAUGACAUUGGUGUGUUUCUCAGCAAACGGAUAAAGGUCAUCUCCAAACCUUCCAAAAAGAAGCAGUCAUUGAAAAAUGCUGACUUGUGCAUUGCCUCAGGAACAAAGGUGGCGUUGUUUAAUCGACUCCGAUCUCAGACGGUCAGUACCAGAUACCUACAUGUAGAAGGAGGAAAUUUCCAUGCUAGUUCACAACAGUGGGGAGCAUUUUACAUUCAUCUCUUGGACGAUGAUGAAUCGGAAGGGGAGGAGUUCACAGUUAGAGAUGGUUACAUCCAUUACGGACAGACUGUCAAGCUGGUGUGCUCAGUCACUGGCAUGGCCCUCCCAAGAUUGAUAAUUAGGAAAGUUGAUAAGCAGACAGCAUUACUGGAUGCAGACGACCCUGUAUCACAACUCCACAAAUGUGCAUUUUACCUUAAGGAUACAGAAAGAAUGUACCUGUGCCUUUCUCAAGAGAGAAUAAUCCAAUUUCAGGCCACUCCAUGUCCAAAAGAACAAAACAAAGAAAUGAUAAACGACGGCGCUUCCUGGACAAUCAUCAGCACAGACAAGGCCGAGUACACGUUCUACGAGGGAAUGGGCCCUGUCCUUGCCCCAGUCACUCCUGUGCCUGUCGUAGAAAGUCUUCAGUUGAAUGGCGGCGGGGACGUAGCAAUGCUUGAACUUACCGGACAAAACUUUACUCCAAAUUUACGAGUGUGGUUUGGGGAUGUAGAAGCCGAAACAAUGUACAGAUGUGGAGAGAGCAUGCUCUGUGUGGUCCCAGACAUUUCUGCAUUCCGAGAAGGUUGGAGAUGGGUCCGGCAGCCAGUCCAGGUUCCAGUAACUUUGGUCCGGAAUGAUGGAAUCAUUUACUCCACCAGCCUUACCUUUACCUACACACCAGAACCAGGGCCCAGGCCACACUGCAGCGCAGCAGGAGCAAUUCUCAGAGCCAGCUCCAGCCAAGUGCCCACCAGUGAGUCACACACAAACAGCGAGGGGAGUUACACAAAUGCCAGCACAAAUUCCACCAGUGUCACAUCGUCCACAGCAACCGUGGUGUCCUAACUACCGGUUUUGCUGGGACUUAAACUGACUUGAAUGCGGCAGAAGUUGACAGAAAAAGGCAAGGAUAAAGUGAACAGUCUUUGUGGUUUCUGGGGAGACGUUUCAUACCAGGUGAUCUAUUCAAAACUGCAAGUGCAGACGUGAGAUGCAGGAGCAACAGUGAGAUGAACAACAGCAAAAUGUACAGGCUGUUGGAAAUCCAGGUUUUCAGCUGUCUCUCACACACCCUUUUUGGUUGCUUUUGGUUUGGUUUUGAUUUAAUGGUCAAGAAAUAGAUUUGUGGCUGGAGUACAGGUUACACUAGAAGACACAAACCUAACGUAGUUUUUAUGGACCAAGGGACUUGCAUAAGCUUUAGUAAAGGUACAUUUUCACCAUGCCUUUUUUAUAUCACAGGACGUAGUACACCUUGUUACCAAACAGGUUGCGCUCCCCACCCUUUGAGGGUUGGCUCUAAAGUACAUUCAGGUUCAAGCCUGACCAUGCUUGUUCAAUCUGAGUACCGAACACUUCCAGGUUCUUUUGGUCUAAGGCUGGAACUUUUUUUAAGCUGAAGUCUUAAUGACUUUUUCAUAAGUUGGAAUUAUUUUGAUUUUAGCAAGUCAAAUUUUGUAAAGGCCUGCAUAUUUUUUUUAAGAUUAUAUGAAGUCUGCAAAAGCUUUAAAAAUGCCUCUGCCUUGCCUGCAAUACAUGCAAUGUAUGUUAACUUAGUCUGUUCUCAGAUACUGUUGGUAGUUAUUUCUGUGUUUUCCCUUUUUUAAAGAAAUGUAUUUAUAGUGGUAAUCUAAGAGAUGCUAAUAGCUCGGUGUGGCCAUUUAGUCGUUUCCGAGUUCAUGGCACUGAACACCACCAUUUGAAGGCUGUGUGCCUCUGCCUGUUCAUCAGUUCAUCUGUGUUCCAGGAUUUGUUCAGGUUUCCCCUUUCCCCAAAUCUUGUACAUAACUUGUAUUAUGUGUAAGUUAAACAUUUUAUCUUUACUUGGAAUGUUCCCAGUGAUUACAUUUAACAGAGUGUUUCCCACCUUGUUGGCAAAUGACAAAAAAUAUCAUGAGAAUUAUUUGCUACCAAGAUGGUACCCUUAGGGUAAAAUGAGGAAAGUCUCUGCAGGAUGAUUUAUUGUAUUUUUUUUAGCCUAGCCAGAACAUCAUUAUAAUUUUAAACAUAAGACCAUAAGAUGGCUUUUAUUAGAUGAUAA